CCCCCACUCCCCACAGAACACUCACACAGCACACACACACACACACACACACACACACACGAGUGCACACACGUCAGGCUGUCCUGGUGAAUUCUGAGAAAGCCUCACAAAAGGCAUGGACCUUUGUCCCAAAGUCUGACCUGGGGUCCUGUGAGACUUGGGGCCACAGGACCUGCCAGCAAAUCUCUGGCCCCUCUGGCCACCUCCUAGGACAAGAUCUGGGCUCCCUUCCCCUACGGUCCCCAGCCACAUUCAGCACACAUCUGUGAACUUCUGCUGUGUGCCACACCACAGCCAGGACCUUUUCACACCUCAUAACAGCUGCUGCUUACAGGUGGGGAAACUGAGGCUCAGGGAAGCAGGGACUUCCCUACUCACAUGGUAAGCAAUGGAAAAGUGAGACCCGCAAUCCUCUGUACUUACUACUGUCUCUCCCCUACCCGAGCCUGCUGUCAUUCUCUCCAGCACCGAUUUACUGGGGUCCCCUUUAAAGACCAGCCCUUUCCUCUUGCACUCAACCAGGGAACUUUACCCCUGAUGGUCCUGCUGAUGGCUUAAGGUGAAAAUUUUCCAAGUCUUAGUGCUUUCCUGUGACAACAUUCCCGGAUCACCACUGCACACCAAGGCAUGGUUCUAGGGUAUGGGAUAGAGGUACGGGUGGCAGUGGGGGUGGCAGUGCGUGCCCUGGGGCUCACGUGGGGGGAAGCAGGACAGACAGAAAUCCCGGGUUACAGGCUUUUAAAUGAAUAAAAGGAUAACUGACAACCAAGUGUUUGGAACUGGGAGGCCAGGGGGCGGGGCAUCCGCGAUAGCAGUCACCCCAGGGCCGUGGGAGGAGCGUCUCCUCCUCAAGGAGGGGCCGAGAGAGGAGGCGGGGAGAGGGCGGGGCCGGCAGGGAGCCCCUGGUGCUGGCCCGCGCCCCGGCUCGCUCUCCUGUGUCCGGGCCGCGCGCCCUCGGCCGGGUCCCUGGACGGCGGCAGGAAGUCGCAGCCCGGCGCAAACGAGGACCAGCUGCCUGGCGGGACUCCUGUGGCCUCUCCCUGCUCCUGCCCUUGGCCUGCCUGCACCCCUCUUCCCCCGUGGUCAAGGCUGGCUUCCUGCUGAGGCUGCACCUCCAGGCUCGGCUGACAGAGCAUCCCCCCAGCCAGCGCCUGCCCGGACACCCUCCACGCAGACGCCUCCAGGGUCAGCUGCGACGGCCACAGACGCGGGGGCAGCACAGAGCGGGGACCACGGUGGCACCGGCCGAGGGAGAGAAGACGCCCUUUCUGCCUCCUUCUCCCCAUGACAGCAGUCAAAGAAAGACACCUGGAAGACAGGGAAAGGGGGUGACAGCACAGGUGACACCCCGACCCCCUGCGGUUCCCUCCCAGCUAAGCCCCGCAGUGCUGAAGGGGAGGGUAGCAGGUGGCUGUUAAGUUGGCUGUUGAGACUGGACUUUUUCAGACUUGAAAGUAACGAAGUUAGCAAAACUGCCCGAGAUAUCAAAAAAGGUGAAUUAGAGCCUGGGCAAUAUCCAAGGCAGUGAUGGGAAAAAAAUGAAAUUGUUACGCUCAGUUCCAUUCAUGGGGAUUUGGAGCUGUAAGGUCGGGGAGGGCACUGGGUGAGCUGAACUGCUCUGCCUAUAAGACGGAGGUGAAUCUUGCCAGUCAAAUGCCAUCUGG